AGCCUCGGACACACUGGUAAAAUGGCGUCGGGGGCCAUUUCAGCGGAGACUAAGAAGAUUACAGAUUUACGUGUGGUAGACCUCAAAUCAGAACUCAAAAGAAGAAAUCUGGAUGUUACUGGGGUAAAAAAUACACUAAUUGCAAGAUUGAAGCAGGCAAUAGAAGAUGAAGGUGGAGAUCCAGACAACAUUGAGAUCAUCGUAUCAGCUGAAACACCCUCAAGAAAACACAGCAAAGCUAAAGGAAAGAAGACCGACCUGGAUGCUGACACCAUCAUGGAAGAGGAAUCCUUCUCUAAGGAGACUGAGGAAGAGGAAUCUGAAAAAGAUGUAACUGAUACUGAUGAUGCUACUCGUGACAAUUCUAAAACCUUCUCCUGUGAAGACGGCCUUGCAGAGUCCGAGGCUGAGGUAGGAGGGGAGCCUGAUCUUGAGGCUGAGACAGAGGUGGAAGCAGAAGCAGAACCUGAGCUCGAUCCUGAUGCCGAGAUUGAGGCUGAGAGAGAAGCCGAGUCUGAAGUCUCAGCGAUGGAGGCCUUGGAGAGUGAACCUGCUCUUGAACCCAUAAAAGAAGUUGAGGAUGACAAUAUAUCUGUCACCAUCCAGGCCGAAGAUGCCAUCACGCUGGAUGUAGAUGGCGACGAUCUCCUGGAAACAGGUAAACAUGUGAAACUUCCAGAUUCUGAGGCAGACAAGGACUGCGAAGACCUUGAGGCCACUGCUGAGAUGAGGCAGGAGACAGACUCGCUGACUGAAGCAAUAGAUGGCCACAAGGAUGGUAAGAGAGAUGACGGGCUGAUGUCUGACACCGGCAAGAAGGACAGCAAAGAGGCCUUGAAGAAAGGAGACACGGGAGACAAGGAAAAGGAUUCUGGGAAGAAAGGCCCCUCUUCAACUGGGGCGACAGGUCAAGCAAAGAGCUCUUCAAAAGACCGAGAUGGAAAGACUACAAAAGAUGAAAAAGGAUGUGGCAGCAGCAGCACCAGCUCUACUCGCAAUCUGUGGGUGAGCGGCCUGUCGUCCAACACCAAAGCAGCUGAUCUCAAGAACCUCUUUGGCAAAUAUGGAAAGGUUUUUAGUGCCAAAGUGGUCACCAAUGCUCGUAGCCCAGGAGCCAAGUGUUAUGGAUUAGUCACCAUGUCAUCCAGUGCAGAAGUGGCCAGGUGCAUCUCUCACCUGGACCGCACAGAACUCCAUGGACAACAGAUAUCUGUGGACAGGGUGAAAACUGACCCAUUUAAAAAGGACUUCUCAAAGAAGGAGGGAGAAGAGAAGGCAAGCUCCACUAAAAUUUCUGGAGAAAAGCGCACUCCAACUGGAGCAAAAACUUCCAACAAGACGCCAGUUUCAUCUAAGAAGGAAGAGAAGAAAUCAGACAAACCAUCUGAGAAGGACUGCAAAGACAUCAAAAAACAGGACUCCAAAAGCAACAAAUCUGAUGCAUCGUCUUCCAAUUCAGGAGCCGACGCAGCAAAGAAAGAUGACAAGAAACAUGGACGAAAGAGUCCAGGCAAUAUGAUGGUGAUCAACCAAGCUAAAGGACAGCAACACUUCAAUAAAUUUCGUCCUCCUUUCAGAAGGGGCGGGAGGUUUGAGAAGCCUGGUCCUCCCAACAUGAUGAACAGACGUCCCAGAGGGUUCAUACCACCUGCAGAGAUGGUGAAAGGCCGUCCCAUGCUUAACAAAGGUGGCAACAAAGACAUCCUGCCGUUUGACAAGAUGAAGGAACAGAGGAUGCGUGAGCGCAUGGUCAGGAUGGAACACAUUCGCAGGGCUAUGGAACUGCGCAGACGGCGCGAGGUAGCAGAGCAAGAGCGCCGGGAGAGGGAGCGCAUCCGUAUUAUGCGUGAGCGAGAGGAAAGAGAGAACCUAAUGAGAGAGCGGCAAAGGCUGGAGGUGGAAAGGCAGAAACUUGAACGUGAGCGCAUGGAGAGAGAGAGACUGGAACGGGAGCGGAUUCGUAUAGAGCAGGAGCGACGCAAGGAAGCGGAGCGUUUAGCUCGUGAACGUGAGGAGCUGAGACGGCAGCAGGAGCAGUUGCGUUACGAGCAGGAGAAACGAAACAACUUAAAAAGGGGACGUGACGUUGACCAGAGGAGGGAAGACCCAUACUGGAAUAGUGGUAAAAAGAUCCAGACUGAGCCAGAGGGACGGAUCGGUCAAGGCGGAGAUUACAACAAUCGACAACAGAACCGCUUCAAUGAUUUCAACCCUAGAGACCGGAACCGAUACCAGCAGACAUCAGCUGUGCAAUCCAACAACUUUGAUAGACGGAAUCGCUUUGACGGUGAACCUGAAUCAAAGAAGAGUCGACCUGCUCCUCGCCGUGAAAGUUCAGGGUUUGAGCGCUAUCCUAAAAACUUUGAAACCGUGCGGAGAGCAGAACCACCACCUCCACCUCGUGCAGAGCUGCGCGACAGCGAUCGCAGAGAAAUCCGCGACCGUGAUGAGCGCAGACAGGGGUCCAUGCCUGAUCGACCAGCUGGUGGCAGAGCACCGCCCCCCGCCAUUGCCCACUCCCGUACCCCCAGAGACAGCAGCCAUGCUGGCUGGAAGACUGAUGGGGGAAUGAAUACAAAACAAGGAGAUGUCAGGGCAGUGCGGAUGCGACCAGAACGUCCAGGCAGAGAGGGUCCCGGACCUGCCAUAAGGGGGGUGUCCACAGCCAGCCGUGGCAGAGCCAGCUUCAGCAGCCGAGAUGGUGGCAGACCUGUGGUCAUGGGAGACCAGCACUUCAGCAGUGGCAGACAGGUGGUGGUGGAGCGGCAUGGACGCGAUCAGGGCCCUAGGAAAGACUGGCAUGGGGCAGCAGGCUCACAAAGCGGAGGAUUCACAGAUAACCACCGAAUGGGGGACAGUCGACCUGGCAUGAUGGCAUCACACUCCAGUCAUUCCUCUUCUGGUAUGAACAGAAUUGUGCAGAUCACUAAUGUUCCCAUGGCCGGCGGCAGCGGAGGAUUCAAGCCCUUCAAAGGAAGGUUCUAGGAGCUGACUCUGCAGUGGAAAAAUAUAAUUUCUGAUGAACUUUCUGAUGUUUUUAAUUGGCUGAACUUACAGCCAUUAGAUUAUUGUAAAGAUUACAUUUGGUUGAUUUUGUUGUCUUUAUAAAAAUGUAGGUUUUUGUUUCCUGAACUGUUCUCUGGUGACCUGUAAACAACCUUUGUGCACAUAUAUGUUCUCUUGGCAUUCUAUAGGUGCGACUGUACAGCUUAAUUCUUAACCAGUGUUUGUUUAGUUAACUUUAACUUCAUGUUUUAGAUACUCUCAUAUGCUUUGGGCAGAGUACUGCGUGUAGCACUGGACACAUCUGUAAUUCCGUAAAAACAUUUCAGUAUGUGGCUUUUUUUGACGAUUCUACAACUUGAUAUUAAAUUAUGUAGAUUAUGACCA